CAAGCGUGUACUUAUACGCUUCGUGAAUAGGUCCCGCCAAACUCCGAGCGGAAGCUGUUUAUAUACCUCUGUCGUCUGCUCGAGUGAAUUUCAAAGGCAACUUUGUGAGAUUUGUAUGACUGGGAUUUAUUUAGUUUGAACAGUGAAGUUUUAUGAGGUAUUAACGGCGUAUUUGUUUAACUUCACGCGUUGUUGUCUCUAUCUUCCAGGCGGCGUAGCUACUGUUAAGUCUGUUCGCUUUAUUUUGUCUGUUUUUAUUGUCGUACUAAAACACAAAACAUUGAGCGUAACAUUGACGCCGUAAGUCAUGUGAAUGAAUUGGGCAAAGGGGAAUCUGUAACUUUCAUACACUAUCAACACAGCUGGGUCUGCUUAGGCCUUACACAAAGUCCAGCACGGAAUCACUGGCGCUGUCUGUCCAUACGUCCCUGGAAGGGACACAACGGCAUGGAACAGACGGAAGACAGACCUAUAUGAAUGGAAACAACGAAAGUGUCUGUUCGUCCGCAUUUUUCAAUAAUUUGGGAUAGACGGACGCGUUUAAAACCAUUUGGAAACUGAUAUGAUAAGGGUAUAUAUGUAGGCAGGACAAGAAUACUUGGACAUAGCUAAUUGCAUUCCCCGAAUUCCAUUCUUAGAGACGGGAAUGCAAUUUAUAUAAUCAUUAUCUUAUAAACAACGGGAGAUUCUGAACCUUAGAGGAAUACCGGGACUUUCUCACGUUUGUAGAAGUUUCAUGUCUGCAUUUAAAAAGGAAAGUCAUGCGGACUAUUUGUAGUAAAGACAAAUAGUUCCCAACGUUGUGAACCUCCAGCUGAGGACGAUUACUGGGAUAGGUACAGCUAUAAUAACAACAACAAAACCCGGAAACUAAGGACUCUGAAAUCCAAACUAGGAUCCAGAACGCUCUAUGGAAAGUGUCCGUUGUAAUAGAAGACCUGUCGUAAUGGAUUCGGAACACGUCAGAUUUCUAGGGAAAUAACCGGUUUUAUCCUCAAUGACGUUCGGGGUUCAUUCGUGUCUAUGCCUACUACUGACAUGCCACGUUGUAGCAGCCGACUACUGGUCAAUAUGGACAGAGUGGAGCGAAUGUUCCCGCACGUGCGAUUCCGGAGCGGCCUACCAGCUAAGACGCUGUCUACGGAGCAGAAGGUUCGCGCGAGGUUGUGAUGGAGAGCACAUCCGGUACUCGACAUGUAACGCUAAGGAUUGUCCCCGUGGAAGUGUUGACUUCCGGUUGCAGCAAUGCGCUGCGCACAACGAUGAUCGCCACCAAGUGACCAAUUUAAAGUGGGUACCCUACCAUGAUUCGACCAGCCCCUGUGCGCUUUAUUGUCAGGCUGUGGGUUCGAACACCAUCCGAAGAUUCAGCCCUAAAGUUCUGGACGGGACGAGAUGCCGGGAUGAUGUCCUCGAUAUUUGCAUUAAUGGGAAAUGUUGGCCUGUCGGUUGUGAUAAGGUCCUGGGCUCUAAAACAUACCUGGAUUCUUGUGGAGUAUGCGGAGGCAAUAACUCAUGUUUACCCGAAACCGGAAACACGUGGUACAGAUGGAUCAAUACCGGAUAUGGGCCUUGUUCGGAGACCUGUGGUGUAGGUUUCCAAGAACGCCGGAUAGCUUGUCAGGAUACCAGAACCAGACGAUUGGUCAACAGCCAAAAUUGUCACGGAAGUGACGUCAUCGAACGCGUCAGACGGGAGUGUAUCAGCAAGAAGUGCCUGCCAAGCUGGCGCGUUGGGCCUUGGUACGACUGUACACAGACUUGUGGAGGGGGCUUUGCUUGGAGGACUGUCAUAUGUGUCGACACGUUCCUAGACGGUACACAGCGAGUGCUAAAGGAUACAGAGUGUCCAAGCCCCAAACCGUCGACGAGGAAGUCCUGUGGGAACAUCCUAUGUCCGAAAUGGUAUGCGGGAGAGUGGACGCCGUGUAGCGUCUCGUGUGGGCCAGGCUUCCAAGAUCGAGAUGUUGUGUGUCGACAUAUCGGGAUCCAGUUCUGCCAGGCCGAUAGAAAACCCGUCACCAGGAAGAACUGCUCUACAAACAUCCCGUGUUCGUCAAAAGAUGACGAUAUACAGGAGGUCUUUGAUGGGGAGCAGCGAGACUCGUUUUACACCGCUGACGUCAUCUACGAAGACGAUAUAGACACACAACUAUUAGCGGUCCCAAAGUUUGUGGUCAGUCACUGGGGACCAUGCAGCACUUCCUGUGGGAAAGGAACGAGAUUUAGGUUCGUCCGUUGUAAGGUUUUCCUCUCCUUCCUGGACACCCUGACGGACCUUUCCGACUCCGACUGCCAAGAUGUGAAGCCCCCGGAGGAUGGGCCGUGUGAGGGCGAUCCGUGUCUGGCCCACUACGAGUAUCGGGACAUUGGUGAGACACAGUGUAGCAGAACCUGUCUGGGAGGUGUAAAAGAAUCUAUUCUCCGAUGUGUCAACAAGUUUACAGAUGAAGAAGCACCGGAAAGGCUCUGUGUAGAAGCGGAAGCGAUCCCGAUAGAAAGAAAGGUCUGCAAUGACUUUCCAUGUCCACAAAGGUGGAAAGUCGGCUAUUUCCAGCGUUGCUCCGCAACGUGCGGCGGCGGUUUCAUGUUACGAAACGUCUCCUGUGUCCAGGAGUUCUCUUCCGGAAGAAACAACCUUCUCCAUCUUCCGGACUUUAUGUGUGAUCAGCCUACUCCACCCAGGCGUCAGCAUUGUAAUCGUAUCGACUGUCCGGCCAAAUGGGUGGUCACCAACUGGUCAGAGUGUUCUAUGUCCUGUGGUGUUGGCAUCCGGUCACGUGACGUGUUCUGUGUGAGGGAAUUAGCCAAUGGGCAAAUAGUAAACGUUACGUAUGAUGAAUGUUGGAACAUCCUACAGCCAGAUAGAUUUUAUCAGUGCAACAUGACAAAAUGUCCCAUACCUAAAAUUAAAAUAGUUGACGUCGUAUUUUUUCAACUGAAUAAGAUAAAAAAGAUUCGACUUAGUGUUGGAAUGAAAGCAUAUGUGUUACCAGGGACAACAGUGAUAAUAAAAUGUACCGCAAAAGGAGUUAAUAAAAAAUCGGUACAGUGGUUCAAAAACGGACGUCGGCUUUACAUGACGUCACGAGUGAAAUUGACACAACGUUACGCAUUAAAAAUAAGGAAAAGUCGACCGGAAGUAGAUUCUGGUAUUUAUUCCUGUAAAUAUGGUAAUGUGCGUGCAAAUAUGACGCUGCUGUUUAGCACAGUUUAUGACCUUUUCCAAGAAACAGUCGUUCGGGAAUCCUAUCUAUCAGAAAUGCUGGCGGAAACCCGUGCUAAAAACAUGACAACAUUUCAAAAAGAUCCACUGGACCGAACAAUACGGCCAUUGUAUCUCGUGGAAGUGCCUUGGAGCGCAUGCUCAGCCACGUGUGGUGGUGGACUACAGAAUAGAAAUGUCACGUGUGAAAUUAUAACCAAUGAUUAUUACGAAAUGUUUCCAAUGCGGACUUGUAUCAAGGCUGGAUAUCCUAAACCGGAACUUAUACGAAGCUGCAGUCUCAUGCCUUGUACCUUUUGGAAAGUUGGUGACUGGUCCGAGUGUCUACAGGCCAAGUGUACGAGAAACAUGUUCUCUAUGAUGGAAAGGACUGUGGUUUGUGUUUCUGAAGAGGACGAAACAGUUACAAUCAAUUCGACCUACUGUGAGGGACCGAUGGCGGGGCCGCAUCCCAUCAGGGAAUGCAUCAACGUUAACUGCACCGCUAGAUGGAACACGUCCGCGUGGUCAGACUGUAUGGGUGAGUGUGGGAGGAAGGGAUUUCGAGCCAGGAUGCUUAACUGUAUAUGGUCCAACACCGGACAACCGGCCAGGCAGCACUGUGAAGGGGUCCGCAGACCGAGAACGAGAAAAAGUUGUAUUAGAAAGUGUUCUAAUGCUUGUGUUGACGAGUCAGACUACUGUAGUAUUGUGAAGAUAAUGCGCCUCUGUGACAGCGGCAGUUUCCGGAAAAAGUGCUGCAAGACCUGCUCAUAGCCAAACCUGCCUAUUGUUGUUAUUCUUUGAUCCAUAUUUAUUCAAUACUCAUUCAUAAGUUGCUUGUUAUUCCAACGAUAGGACGAUUCUUUUAUCCCAUGCAUUUUUCAAUUUGAAUAAAUAUUCUUAACUACAAGUGAUGACCUAUAUGCGCAUAUAUUAAAUCAGCAUAUACUGGAUUUCCUGUCUUAGUACCUUUCUCUCCGCUUGGAUGUGUUCCUGCCAUCGGGAACCGUCGGCACUUUUUGCGUUUACGGAAAGUGCCGACGGUUCCCGAUCAACUACGGUAGACAAUCCAGUCUAAAAUCCUUAUUAUGUUUUAAGCGAUAAAUAUCAAGUUGACGACAUUUCAUUUGGUCAGAAUAGCUUAACUUUAUGUGUGUUAUGCUCUUAUCCGUACUUACUUGAAACAUGCCUUUGCCGACAUGAUGAAAUAAAAACUGGUAUGGUUUUAUAUAAUAAAAAAAAAUCUCGUGUAGGUUUUGGUGUAUUCAUGAAGCUGGCUGAGAAUAACUCAUCUCGAUAAAAUAGCUAAUAAUAUGUUCUCGAAAUCAACCACCAAGAAAAAAAAAUGACAUUUGCUUUAACAUGCUAAGGAAUUUAUUUACUUAAUGUAUUGUUCCUGGCGUUAAGGCCGUAUCAGGGUAAACAUUGUGCUGUCCUUCCGUUAUUUUUUCCUUAUCGUCCUCUCCUGCCUUUAUAGUCAUACCUUCUUGCUAAAACAAAUGGUACAAAUACCCCAUACAAAGUCUUCGUUAUACAUGUAUUGUUAGCAGAGUUAUGGUCCUUUGAUGCUAGCUCGCUAUAUCGGAACUUAGUCUCCAAAAGUAGACAUUUGUACACCUAUGUUAGUGAUUAUAAAAUAUUUAUUCUUGUUAUUGA